AAAUAUGGUUGAGUUAGGUGCAAAUACAUGUUUGUGAGGUACACGGUAGCCUUGAUCUUUGACCACCAAAUUCGAAUCAAUUCAUCAUUGAGCCCAAGUUGACUUUGUGGAUCUAAUUUGAAGAAAUUCCCACAAGAAAUUCCUGAGCUAUCUCGUUCCUGAGGCCACAGUGACCUCGAACCUCCAAAAUCUAAUCAGUUCAACUUUAAAGAAAUCCCCUCCAGGCGUUCCUGAGAUAUUGCGUUCAUAAGAAUGGGACGAAUGGACAACCCGAAAACAAACAUCUAAUAUUUAUAUAAAUAUUUUCUGAAGGAGAAGGGACCUUACUUCCUCAAGAGGUUGGGAGGGUUACUUUAAAAAUGUAAUCCAGUACAGUUACUAAAUUACCUGUUUAAAAAAAUCUAGUCUGUAAGGUAAACAAAGUAUCAUAAUACUUGAUUACUUUGUUACUUUUGGAUUACACCAAUAUCAGUAAGAAGUAUUGAUGCUGUGAGUGUAUGUAACCUUUGAAAAGAAGAUGGAAAGAAUUUUAUAAUUGUAAUGCUGCUAAAUAAUCCCAUUUUUUUUACUGAAUGUACUGUAAUGGAUUACAGUUACCUUUUGUUUUGUAUCCUGAUCACAUAACCUGUAAUUAUUGUUUAUUGUUUGUCCAGUCCGUUAUAUUAAAAAAAACUGUUUUGCCUUAAAAAGCUAAAUAGCUGUUAGCUUGAACGUCACAGCCGUUGAGCUCUUUCAACGUCCAGAAACGUUCUGUUGCCAGGGCAACCAACGGUUUUUAAUUCAACACGAAAAUCCCCCAAAAAUAUACAGUGAUAGUCGCGACCCUGGACACAACCCCUCAAAAAAUGAAACCAGAAAGGAGUCCACCAACCAGACACACUGCCGCCGGCCAGGACCCAGCGACGGCCGCCUCUCAGCGGACCGGAGAGUCGAAUAAACCGCUGGACGGGGCCGGAAGUGGCUCCUGGGAAGAGUACAUAGCCUCCAUUAGAGCCAGUUAUCAGUUUGGAUGCGGAGACGGAAAGAUCCCGCCUUUAUCCACCGUUAUAAACAAACCACCCGGUGGGGUCCGGUUAGAAACUGUCACUUCAGGUUCAUGUCCAACAGCAGCAGCUGCAGGUUCCCGGGUCAGUGGUGAGCAAAGUGUCCCGCUCCAGGUCACCGAGAGGCCGGGUACGCCACAGGCCACUGCGGCUGGAGAACACCUGAACCGGAACCCCAAUCCGGCCCUCCUCACACCGACCUCACCCGGACCGGGAGCCGGAGACUUCAGAUUUAACAUCCAGCCAACGGAGGAAGAUCUGAUGCAGAUGCAGUCUGGACGAGACAAGAACGGAUACAUUAAGCGGCCGAUGAAUGCCUUUAUGGUGUGGUCUCACAUCCACAGAUGUGCCCUGCGCAAAGCCUGCCCCGGAGCCAGCAUGACAGACACCAGUGUUCAGCUGGGCUGUGAGUGGUCCAAGCUCAGUAAGGAACAGAAGAGGCCGUACUAUGAAGUGGCUCACAAACUGAAAUGCAUGCAUACGCAGCAAUUCCCCGAUUAUGAGUUUCACCCCCGGAGGAAGAAAGUCAGAAAGUGUUUGCCCUUAGGACAGAGAGCAGGACAUCAAUCAUCAGUCUUUGUCUCACAGGCCAUGCCCCAAGCUCACUCUAGGUUGCAGUGCCCUAGUAUGUAUGCCAUGAUGCCCCACACUGUGGGCUACUAUCCCUACCCAUCUUGUUGUCAGUAUCAGCCAAUGGGCCUCUACUCCAGGCUCCAGGUCCAAAGGUCAAGGAUUUUCUACAGGUACCAACAUGCUAGCAGCUCCGUGGAGGAAGUGAAGAAUUACUACAAUACUUACCUGCAGAGGGAUGAGACCGCUCUGGCUGCCCUCGCCGGGGAGCGUCAUCCAGCAUACGUUAGUCAUGAAGUCGUCAUUAGCUCUACGACAACAUCGGGGAGCCUUGAACAGCCUGAUAUUGUCACCUGCCAACAGCUUUCAACCAGCAACAAAGUGGAGUGUAUAUGUGAGGAUGAUGUUGAUGUUGUUGGACUUCUCUAGGUUCGGCACACACAAGGUCAAAUAGGUCAAAUAAACAAAGUGCCCUGUGAUGUGUUAGUCUGCUUUUGUAAUGAGGUGAACAGGUGUAGUUUGCCUGCAGCAGAAUAUUGGCAGAAGGACUCUGCUGUCCUGACUUCAGUGGGAGGUUUAUUCCACCGAGCCUUGACUGAGAUUGUGCAUUAUAACUAAAUAUUGCUUGUAUUGAGCUGGAAGGUUAAAUAAUUGACUGCAGAAAUAUUAUAUAGUUUAUAUACAAUAUAAUAUAGUUUGACAAAUGUAUCUUCACGCAGAGAAUGAAGCUGUAGUAAGUGGACCUUGUGUUAAGAGUUUCGGUGUCUCUGUAUUUAUUCUGGUUUGCAGGCCCACUACCAGAUGACCCGUGAGGGUUCAUAUGGUCAAAGACUGUUGUUCCCAAACCCCAGAGAGAUUUAUAGACAAGCAGUUAAUCCUUUCAUACUCUAUUCAACUGCACACUGGAUGAUUGGUGUGAUGUGUUACGUUUUUUUAUCUUUUUUUUAAGGGAGAAACACAGAAGUCGAACAGGAAAUAAUAUUGGUCAUGUUUCUCUAAGUCAUGCCUGGACAUGAAUCAUCUGAUUCUUGACUGAUGUUUUAGGAUGAUAGCAUGCAGAUUUUGUUAUGGAUUUUAAUGUUGGGUAUGUAAAUACAGUUUUAAAUACAGGACAUGUUUACAUACAGGUUUUUACUACAGUGGGCACAACAAAAUACCUACCACCAUC